CUCCCAUCCUAGAAGGUUUGGAAGUGUCACAUUCACUAAGUUAGUGGUUGUAUUUUGAUAAAUUUUCAUAUUGUAUUGCUAGAAUUUCCAAAAGCACCGUCUGCGGCAAGACUGGCUCUACAUUAACUCAGCUUGUGCUGACAGCUUGCAUUCCCUAGAUUCUACAUGAUGGAAGUGUUACAUGGAGAUCGCAGCCCAGUCUGUUGGAGGUGACAGGGUUUUGGAUGGAGCACUAGGUCACAGAGAUCAGGGUGAUGGAGCGCCAGUUCCACGAUUACCGGGAGAAAUAUCGAGGGAUCAUAGGCACGAUAAUCAAAACAAACCAUUUUCUGUGAAAGCCGAGUUUGAUCUCAUGCAGCUUGCAUUAACUCUUGUUACCUUGGCAACUAGAAUAUGGCAUAUCAGUUUUCCACAUGCUGUUGUGUUUGAUGAACUGCAUUUUGCCAAGUUUGCAUCGCUGUAUUUGAAAAAAGUGUUUUUCUUUGAUGUUCAUCCACCAUUAGGCAAAAUACUGCUAGCUGCAGCUGCCGAAUUUGGAGGAUAUAAUGGUAAUGCCAGCUUUGACAGAAUUGGUGCAGAAUAUCCACCUGAUGUGCCCGUGUUUGAAAUGCGACUGGUGCCAGCAGUGCUGGGAAGUCUGAUAACUCCACUGGUCUAUGAAAUUGCAGUUGAACUCAGACUGUCUCGGUGGGCUGCGGCCAUAGCUGGUGCAUUCAUUUUACUGGACAAUGCUUUGCUUGUGCAGUCCAGGUUUAUGUUGAUGGAGGGAAUGCUGAUCUUCUUUUCUUGCUUAUCUAUAAUGAGUUACCUCAAGCUCAGAAAACUGAGUCUCAGAGCGUUUUCAUUGAAGUGGUGGUUUUGGAUGGCUUUGUGUGGAAUUUCAUUCACAUGUAGUGCGAGUAUAAAGUAUGUUGGGUGUUUCACUGCUGUGCUAGUGCUGUUUCUAGCCUUCAGAGAUUUGUGGAAUUUGUUAGAAGAUCCAUCAUACUCUGAGUUCUCACUGAUCAAACACUGCUUUGCAAGAUUUUGUCUUCUCGUCGGUGUGCCCAUUUGUCUGUACGUGUCUCUGUUUUAUUUCCACCUGUCUGUGUUAACGAAGGCGGGUCCUCAUGACAACAUUAUGACCAGUGCGUUUCAGGCCAGCUUGGAGGGAGGAUUGGCUGCUUUGACCAAGGGCCAGCCCUUGUAUGUCUCGUACGGUUCGCAGAUAACACUGCGACACACACACGAUGCUGUUCCGGGCCGGCCUUGCUGGCUUCAUUCGCAUCAGGCUGUGUAUCCCAUCCGUUACCCAGACAACCGGGGAAGCAGCCAUCAGCAGCAGGUCACGUGUUACAUCUUUAAGGAUGUCAAUAACUGGUGGAUUAUUAAACACCCCAAGAGGGAUAGUCUUGUAGUUGAUGAAAUGCCACAGCCUGUUAAACACGGUGACAUCAUUCAACUUGUACAUGGGAUUACCAGUCGAGCACUCAACAGCCAUGAUGUUGCUGCCCCAGUGUCUCCCCAGAACCAGGAAGUGUCAUGUUACAUCGACUAUAACGUCAGCAUGCCAGCACAGAAUUUAUGGAGGGUGGAUAUUGUGAAUCGUGAGAGUGAUUCGGACAAUUGGCAGACUAUUAAAAGUCAGAUCCGUUUGAUACAUGUCAACACAUCAACAGCCAUUCGGAGUACUGGCAAGCAGCUGCCCGAGUGGGGUUUCCAUCAGUUGGAGGUGGCUGCCGAUCGCGUCAUUAACCAGCCUGCAGCUGUGUGGAAUGUUGAAGAACAUCGAUACACCAAGAAUGUGGAGAAAGACCGACAGAGCCAGUCGCUGCGCCAGGCCGAGAUGAUCCCGCUAGAACCGACACGCCUGUCAUUCUGGACUAAGUUCUGGGAGCUGCAGCUGAAGAUGAUUUUCUCUAGCCAGGACGUGGAGCUGGAACACAAGUACUGCUCCGAUCCACUCGACUGGCCGUUCAUGACGAAGAACAUCGCAUACUGGAUGAGCCCUAACACCAACGCUCAAAUCCAUCUGCUGGGGAAUGUGGUGAUUUGGAAGUUGUCUUUCCUUGGACUCUGUGUCUACUUGGGACUACUGAUAUUCUACAUUCUCAGACGUCGACGUGAAGUCUUUGACAUGCCAGAAGCGGACUGGAUCCAAUUCCUGUUUGUGUCGCAGGUUGUGAUUGGAGGAUAUCUGCUGAAUUAUCUCCCAUACUUUCUGAGUGACAGGACUCUGUUUCUGCACCACUACCUGCCUGCCGUCAUAUUCAAGAUCCUCGCCUUUGCAGUGGUCAUAGAUCAUAUCUACAAGUUGUAUAAUAGCAACCGUGGAAUAACGACACUUGUGAUAUACGUCACUCUAGCCAUACUGUCAUCAGUUGUGUACGUCUUUGUCAAGUUGGCAGUGUUUUCCUAUGGGACUACAGCCCUGUCGCCUAGUCAGAUGCAGGAGCUUACAUGGAAAGAGACCUGGGACUUUUUAAUACAUGCUAAAACUGUCAAAUAAUGCAUGUAGUGGCAGAUAACUGUUGAGUUUUUCCACGGUCGUGUGGUAUAUAGAUGUUUCACAAUACAAAACAGACUGUUACUUCUAUUGUUUUAUUCACAGGCUUUUGUGAUACUUAUAAUAAGUCUUGCAUAAACGAUAAUUAUUGGAUGGAUCAGUUCUAAAUAAUUAUGUUUUGUUAUGCACACAAAAAGUGUAUUUAUUUAUAUUUUAGUGUUUGAGUGCCAAAAAUGGACUACCAGAUUGCAGUUUGGUACAAUAACAUAAAUAUUUUAUUCUGAUUUUUCCAGUAGUAACUACUUACACGGGGUCAAUGGUUAUUAGCAUGACUGCACCAUUAUAUAUUUAUGCUUCUAUAAUUAUACGUUUGUAUAUUGUAAAACAACUAGUCAUUCAUUACAUUCCAAAGAUGAGACCUAACUACUCAAAUGUGCAAUAACAUUUCAUGAUGUAUGCCUUGCGAAUCAUUUAUUAUUAGUACAGGGAAACCCCUCAAAACUGGGCACCCACGGGACCAAGUAAAAAGUCUGAUUUUAAGGGGUAUCUGGUUUAGAGAGGUUCCAUUGUAUACUGAUAUUUAAAAAAUGGACCGUGAAAAAACGUCCAGUUUUGAGGGAAUUCCGGUUUACAUAGAUUUUUGGAAGCUUUCACUGUAUAACAUUUUUCUGGUCUCACCUCAAAUAUAAUGCAGUUUGUCUCUUCUAGUAGGAUCAUCUGAAGUGUAAAAUAUUAACCCUGAUGCAGAGGAAAGAUGUUAGUCACAUGAGUGAAUUCUGCAACCAACUGUACAAUGGGUAAUAUAACAACAUGUUUGUUUGUUCUGCAAAAUUCAAUUGAAGGCUACCAUAAUCUAGAAGCCCUACCCUGAGAACUGGUGGUAAAGAGAUAAUUAUUUCCUACUUAAAAUGCAAAGUUGGUUGACAACAUUGAUCAGAAGGCUUAUUUAUUAAAAGAUCUGAUAUUCAUUCUCCUUUCUCAUCAUCCUAAUGUUUGGGAUUCAAGUAUUUUAUUUACUUACCAUAAUAUAUUAUGUAUAGUUUAUAAAUAUUUUGUAUCAUUUAAAAACAUACAUGUCAAUGUCCAUUUAUUUUAUAUUAUUUUGAAUUCAAUAAACCUGCUUGCACUUGCAUGUACUAGAAAAUUAGUUUGUAAACUAUUCCAUUAAAAAGUUAAAUUUUGUUUUAAUUAUAGUAUAUGUCAGUCAUUUGGAAAUUCUGACAUGGUCUUAGAGAGGAAACCCUCUACAUUUUUCCAUUAGUAGCAAGGGAUCUUCUUUAUACACCACCCCACAGACUUUUGCAUUUUAAAAAUGUUUGUUUUUUUAACAUGCAGAUAUCAAAAGCACAACUAUGAACAAAAUUAAAUCAAAUGGGAUCUAAAAGAUAUCUUUAAAAUGUGAUGUUAUUGUUCUCUGCUGGAACAUAACUAAAAUUAAUGCAAUAAGUCUGAACAUUGUUAUAAUUAGAGUUUUCUUUUUGUCCUAUCUAAAGUCGUUAUACACUAUUUUCAGAACUGGUAGAGAACACUCUUAGUGUGGUUUGCAGAGAUGUCUUUAAGUGAACAACCAGUACUACACAAGAUUAGAGUUUCCCCAUAGCAUUGUAUAGAUUGUAUUGUCAGUGUUGUCAACAGUAGUCAUUGAAAACUACUUGAUUGUCACGAAAUGUAUCACUUUUAUUAUGUACUUGAUGUACCUAUUUAUGUUUCAGGAUAUCUUUUUGUCCAUUUUAAAUCAUGCAAUAUUUGUAUCACUCUUACAUGUGUUUUCAAAAAUAAAAAAACAAACUGUU